AUGACUCCGGGGAAGAAGGUGCUUACGUUAGACGAGUUUGAGUCGACCAAUGAAAACGGUAAGACUCUCAACGAUGAAAAUGCCGUGUCCAAUAAAGGACCAAAUUCCCAUACCCAUACCCAUAAACAACCCAAGAAACAUGCUAAACUUCGUGAAGAAGAAGACGUGAACGAGCUUCUUAAAACGGUAUCCAAUGAUGCAUCAUUAAACAGGUUAUCAGUGAACCUGGGAGGCUCACAACACCUGGAGAAUUCCACAAUGUUGGGGGAGACUCAAGAUGACGAGCAAAUUAUAGGUAAUACUUUGGGGUUUAGUGUUUUUGGUUCCAAGUUCAAAGAUACUAAGGAAUCGAGGGAAGCAGAGAAUGAUGCUACUCAACACCGUCAUGAAUAUGUUGGCAAGGAAUCAGAUGACAAUAAGGCAAGAACCAAAAGACCUAGCUUAGGAGCAUUGCUGAAGUCGUUCCUGAGAUUCAAAUACAAUGGUAUUCCAAAUGUAAAUGAACUAGCACAGCAUGAAAAUGAAGAAGAAGGUAGAGGAGGAAAGGAACAUCAACACGAUGUAUCAGGUACUGAAGGAGCUCCUGUUCCUCCGAAACUUGUACAACGACAGAGUCGAUUUGGAUCUAUUUUCAGAAGUGAAACAGGACCAGAUGGGCUUUUAUCGGAGGCUUAUUGGAAAAGAAGAUUCAAUUUUCAUAAAAAACCACCUGCAAAGGAUAAGAAAGCUUUGCAAACGCACCUGAAGGAACAGAGUACAUUGGACAACAUGAUUCAAGAAAGAGCUCAGCUUUUGGUGGGUGCUUUGGGUAGUGGUGCCCCAGCAAUCAGUCUUUUAGCUUCUUGUCUUUUAGAAGACGAACAUGGUAUUGCUAGAGCACCUUUAUUACUUAAUCUUUUAGUAUUCAAAGUCACCGACAUUUCUCCUCAUGUGAAUACAAGAGUUCGGAGGUUUCGGAUUGACUUCGAAUAUGGUGUAACAAACCAACGUUUGAAAUGGUCAGUUCAGAAGACAGCUAAGGAUUUGCUUUAUUUACAUUCUAAGUUGAAGUUGACAAACUUUAGAGUUCAUUCGAGCAAAUCUUUAAACCUCCCAAGUUGCCCUACACCUCCAAUUAGAACCGCAAAGAAACAGAAAACAAAGAUGAAAUCAUUUGCAAACCCAAAAUCCGAAAAACUUGAGUCAAAGACUUCAAGACCUAAAGGUGAUGCUACUGGUAAUGAAGGAAUUUCUAACCCUGAAACUGGAAUCAAUAAUGAUAAAAUUUCUAGUAACGACCUUAGCAAUGAUAGAUCUUCAAAUAACGGAGCCCUACAUGCGAAUGGGCAAGAGGCUCUUUUUCAUAUUAGUGAACAGAAUGAAGAUGACAACUCAAUUGCUCCUAGAUCCCCAAGUGACCUUAAAAGUGACGAACCUAAAACUAUGCAAAUGCUUCAAAAUGUAAGUGGACCAGAAAUUGAAAUAAGAGACGGCCAACUGCACGAGUCAUCAACGAAAAUUGACGGUGAACAAAGACAACCAUCAAAAGCUGUGAAGCGGAAAGCACUGAUUACUCAUUCUUUAGUAGGUGAAAUGGAAUCAUUACUGGUUCCAUUAGCAAGAUUACGAUCCAACUUGAGUUCCCUAUCGGGGGUAUCCUUUGGAGAUGAAGGAAAGCGUUCCAAAGUAGAAAAGAAUGAUGAAUAUAUCAAAGCAGUAGAAGUGUAUUUAUCAAAGAUUAUCUCCAUUAUUGGGUUGAAGCCUCAAUCUAAUAAAUUGUUUCAAUUCUUUGAAGUGUCUCCCUUGUCUUCCUUACUUUGUUAUGAAACAGGAUAUUCUGGUAAACAAGGGUUGGUUCAUAUUGGAGGAACCACAAAAUCGCAAGGUUGGAGAGUAGGUCAUUUUAGAGCAAACGACCUACGAGGAAUGAUUAGCAGAAGAUCCCACAAGUGGCUUUUAAUUCGUCAUUCUUACGUGACUUAUGUUUCCAAUAUCAAUUCAACCUCACCACUUGAAGUAUUUUUAGUUGAUGGAGGUUUUAAAAUUAUUUUUAAUCUUGAGAGGGACGAAGAACUUCUGAAAUCUGAAUCUUCUGAUUCCGAUACAGAUUUAGAUGACUCUUCGAUUGCACUUAAAGUAAUUGCAGAGUCAGAAGUUGAAACUGUUAACAGCAGUAUUUUCAAUCAUUUAAAGAUCACUUUAGAGAAUAACGAGAGAAAAUUGGUUUUACUUCCAAGAUCCAGAAGAGAACAAUUGCAAUGGAUUGGAUCGUUGAAUAAAAUGAAAAACUCUACAAUCUGGGCAGAAAAGCACAGAUUCGGAUCAUUUGCUCCGAUUAGAGAAAAUGUUUUGGCCCAAUGGUUUGUUGAUGGUAGAGACUAUUUCUGGGCUGUAUCUUCCGCAUUAGAAAUGGCAAAAGAUGUGAUUUACAUUCACGAUUGGUGGCUUUCUCCGGAACUUUACAUGCGAAGACCUGGUAAUGGGAAUCAACAAUGGAGACUUGACAGAAUAUUACAAAGAAAAGCUCAACAAGGUGUUAAGAUUUUUGUUAUCGUUUACCGUAACGUUGGUUCGACUGUCGCAACUGAUUCUUUAUACACUAAGCACUCGCUUAUCAACUUACACCCAGAAAAUAUCCAUGUUAUCAGAUCUCCAAAUCAAUUACUUCAAAAUACAUUUUUUUGGGCUCAUCAUGAGAAGCUUUGUAUUAUUGACCAAACAAUUGCAUUUUUGGGUGGGAUAGAUUUAUGUUUUGGGAGAUAUGAUACUCCAGAUCAUGUUUUAGUGGAUGACUCGAAGUUAGACUUCCAAUCAUUGAAUUCGGAGUUCAGACCAGCCCAAGAAGAGUAUAGUAGGUUUCAAACCUUCCCUGGGAAAGACUACUCCAAUCCUAGAGUCAAAGAUUUUUUUGAACUUGAUAAGCCGUAUGAAUCAAUGUAUGACAGAGAAAAGGUUCCUAGAAUGCCCUGGCAUGACGUUCACAUGGUGACUUCUGGUAAGGUUGCUCGUGAUUUGGCCAGGCAUUUUGUGCAAAGAUGGAAUUAUUUGCUUAGACAAAAGAGACCUAGUAGAUUCACUCCUUUGCUUACUCCCCCAUCUGAUAUGACUGACGAAGAAGUGGAGAUGUUAGGUUUAACAGGUACCUGUGAGAUCCAAUUAUUAAGAUCCUCUGGUAGCUGGGCUUUGGGAUUGAAAGAACAUGAACAAAGUAUCCAACAUGCAUACCUUAAGUUGAUUGAAACAUCCGAGCAUUUUGUUUAUAUCGAGAAUCAAUUCUUCAUCACAGCAUGUUUUAUUGAUGGUACCGAGAUCAAGAACAGAAUUGGUGAUGCUUUGGUGGAUAGGAUCAUUAGAGCUCAUGAGAAUAAUGAAAGUUGGAGAGCAGUCAUUGUUAUACCACUUAUGCCAGGGUUCGAGUCUCAAGUUGAUGAGCCGGAUGGAUCAUCAGUUAGAGUCAUUAUGCAAUGUCAGUUUAUGUCUAUUUCCAGAGGUAGUACUUCAAUUUUUGCCAAGUUGAGGAAGUAUGGAAUUGAUCCUGAUGACUAUAUUCAGUUCUACUCUUUAAGAAAAUGGGGAAGAAUUGGGCCUGAUAGAACUUUAGUCACAGAGCAGUUAUAUAUUCAUGCGAAGACUAUGAUUGUUGAUGAUAGAGCAGCAAUUAUUGGAAGUGCCAACAUCAAUGAAAGAUCGAUGCGAGGGGUUCGAGAUUCUGAAGUUGCUGCUGUUAUUAGAGACAAGGAAACCAUCGAGACUACAAUGGCUGGCGAACCAUGGAAGGCUGGUAAAUUCCCCCACAGUUUAAGAUGUCGAUUAAUGAGAGAACAUCUUGGUAUUGACGUGGAUAUUUAUGAGAUUGUCGAACGAAGAUUUGCUUAUUUCGAGAGAGUAGCAAAGAGCCCCGAGGGAUUAAGAUAUGCCACAAGCGCAUUUUAUAAACCUGAGAACGUUCUCUUAUCAGCUAUGGUUGAGAUUGCAUCAAGAGAUAUUUUGGGAGAAAGAGAUGGAACAAGUAGAUUCAACAAGUUUAAUAGUUCCAGAAACGUUGAUGUUUCUAACUUGAGAUAUUUUGAUGAAGAUUUACCUGAAGAAGAGGAUGAUGUUAAACCUUUACCACUACCAGUGUCUUUCAAUAACCGUACUGGUGCCCACGAAGCUAACAAAGGUAUUCGAGACAAGAAAAAGUUGUCUUAUGACCAGAGAGUUCAACACAAUGAUAGUCAUACCAAGGACGUAUAUGGUGAAGGUAUAGACAAGUACAGGAGUAAGUUGGCAAAGAAAGCAAGACUAAACAGCAGUAAGUUCUUAAAGGAAUUAGCUAAUAAGCAAAUGAAGACAAACCCAACUGAUUUAUUCUUACCUGAUGAGCAGGCUGUUAAAGAAUUUCUUGAAUUGGACGAUUCUGAUAUGAUUGAUGAGAUGGAUAGAGAAUCUGAGGAUAUCAUAUCGGCACGGAAUAAGGAAAGAUGGAGACUUUUGAAGAAGAUUUCAUAUCUUCAAAGAGUCACAGCGAAGGCCAAAGCCGAGAGAGAAAGUGAGUAUAAGAAACGUGGAGAUGCUGGAUAUAAUUCUCACAACACUAGUAAUGCUGAUGAUAUGAAACAGCAGCUGCUGCUGACAAAGGUAGUUAAAGGAGAAAUCAGUGAUAGAGAAUCUCGUGGAAGCCCCAACCCUCCUGGAUCUGCCAACGUACCAUUUAUUAAGGAUGAACAAGGAAUGACCUCAAUCAAAGUACAAACAGAUGUUGCAUCUGAAAGUGUUCCUAUCACCAGUCUUACAGAGGAAGGAGUUCGGGAUCUUAUGGAUUCGAUAAUACCAAAGAAUUUACCACAUUUUAGUAACUUUAUUGAUCCAUAUGAUUUUGAGGAUCCCAUGUCUGUUGAAUUGUUUGACAAUUGGGUUGAGCAUGCCCGGAUUAACACUGAGAUAUUCCGGUGGGUAUUCCACACACAACCUGAUGACAUGGUACUGACAUGGAAGGAUUACAAGCGGUAUGGGAAGUUGAACAAGGCUUUUGGGGUCUUACAAGAACGAGAAGCCAAAUAUCGUAGACAAAACCGGUCAUUCAUAGCAGAAGAUACUGAUUCUGAUGAUGAAGAAAGUGGUGACAAGGCGGAUACUACAUUUGAUAUGAGCUCACUUGCUAAUGAUUAUGGACUUUUAGGUGAAGCACCGCCUUCUGCACAUUCUAGCACGUCUAACUUGAAUAAGGUCAACGGUAGGAAGAAACAAAUCAAGUUCAAUAUGAAUUCUGUUGCAGAGGAAGAACAAGGAACAGAGUCAUCGACUACACCUGAUCAAGAAUCACAGAGUGAAUCAUCAACGACAUCCCAAGAACCACCAAAUCUGACUCGGGAACAAUAUCAAGGUCAAGCUCCACCUCAAAUCAACGCAGGAAGCAAGCCAAGGAAGAGAUUGAUUUCUAUGUCUGCUAAAAGGGCUCAUAUGGAUAAUAAGAUUUUUGAUCGCAACACAGCAGAGAGACUUCUUUCUGAAAUCAGAGGUCAUCUUGUUAUAUUUCCUAGUGAUUGGUUAAUGAGUGAGCUUGAAGGUGGGAACUGGUUCUACAAUACAGAUAGACUUCCACCCAUUGAUAUAUAUGAUUAA